UGUUUGAAGCAUAAGAUUACUAAUAUGUUACACAGUGGUUUAGUAAGCGUUGAUAAUGUUUUAUUGAAUUAACAUUAAUGCCAUUGUUACACAGGCACCUUCCUUCCUAGCACAGCAUGGCUAUUGCUCUACAAAUUUGUGUAAAAUUGUUUAAUUUACAGUUGUAAACAAAUUGAUUUGAACAUCUAAUAUUUCCCAUGCUUUUAUCUCUAUUGAUAUUUAUACAUUUUGGCUGUUCAAAUAGGGUGGGUGAAGUUGCCUGUGAUUUCAUCUUGAGCUUUCAAAGUGUGGCAUGGAUAAGUCCUGAUUCUCAUCCCUAAAUAUGGAACUGAGAAGAGUUAGGAAGGAUCAUCCCAUUAGAUGAGUCAUGAGUUUUGGAGAUGCUGUGUUACAGCUUGUUAUCUCACCAAAUGGAAGAAUUUAUGGACCCUGAAACCUUAACUUAAAAACAACUAAAACAUUGACAACAUAGAGACCACACAAUUGUCAGUUUUCAUUGUUCCUUGAGAGUGGGGGUCCCCUGUUUUUGCUCUUGAUUUUUGUUUUUGUUUGUUUUUUUAACAAACCAUGCCUCAGUAGUAGAAACUAAAUGCUGUUUGUCUUAAAGUUUAAGACCUAGUUGUUUGGGGUUUUUCCCCCAAUAAAUGGUUUUACCUAUUCGAAGGUAUUGUUUAUGUGAAACAAAGUAAUAUAUUAAAGAGUAAAUAGAAUACUUUUACUAAUGUUAACUUAGGAUAAACAGUACAAAUGGGGAUACUUGUUGAUACAAUCUAAUGUUAUUUUAUCCUUGAGAAAGCGAUUGAAACUACUUACUGUGGGUUUCUAAGGAUUUUCAGUACCCAAAAUGAUGGUGAUGUAUUGCAAUCAAAAUUUUAAAUUUUUAAAAUUAAAAAUGCCAAGAUUGUAUAUAAAUAAAUGCAUCCCUUAUAUUCCAAGCUAAAUAUAUUAUUUCCUAGUGCAUGGUCUUCAAAGGAGCAAACCUAGGAAGGUAGUCUAAGUCUGCACUUUUGUGCAACUCUAUCUAGACGUUAAGUCCCAUUGAAUGAAGUGGGACUUUCUUUUGUGUAGGCAUGCAUGGGAUUCCAGUGAUCAUUUCUUUACUUUUUAAUUCUUAAAAUAAGUUGUGUAUGUCAUAAGUGGCUUUAGUGUUUAAUCAUUUCUGAAAGACUACUGAGGGAAUCAUGCCUUUUAGCGAUUCUUGGACCCUUUUAAAUCUCUGAUAGUCUAGAUCCUGCUGCUUUCUACAGUGCAUACAUGACAGUACUGCACAUUACAUUCAAUCAUAUCCUUACUUUGUGAGAUAAACUGUAAGUGCUUCUAAACAUAACAUGGUAACCUGUCAUUGUCGAUCUGAAGAGAAACUACCCUGUUUCCCUGAAAAUAAGACAUCCCCAGAAAAUAAGACCUAGUAGAGGUUUUGCUGAAUUGCUAAAUAUAAGGCCUCCCCCCGAAAGUAAGACCUAGCAAAGUUUUUGUUUGGAAGCAUGCCUGCCAAACAGAACACCAGAGCAUGCAGGAUCGGUAAAUGUACGUACCAUAGAAAUACGUACAUGGAAAUAUUGGUAGUAACAAGAAAUUCUUGAUAGGAUUCAGUUUGUCUAGUUAUGCUGGUUUGUGAUGACAACUACUGUACAGUGUAUAAUAAAUGUUCAUUUUUUUGGUUCAACAAUAAAUGUGAAUUCUUUUUCAUGGAAAAAUAAGACAUCCCCUGAAAAUAAGACCUAGCACAUCUUUGGGAGCAAAAAUUAAUAUAAGACACUGUCUUAUUUUCGGGGAAACACGGUAGUAUAUAUCAUAAAUGUCAUUAUCACAAAUGUUUUCUGGUUUCAGUGAGUGGGUGCCAAUGACAGUUAGUAAACCCACUUAAACAGCAUAGGGCCCAGUAACCUGAUUGAAAAGAAACAUACUUUUCUUUGAGACCUUUCAUCAGUUUCCUGAAAAAAUAUUUUUUAUUGAGUAGUCGCUCUGAUAUUGGGAGAUUUAUUACACAUAAGAGCUUGAUAGUAUUCUUUCAAAAUGAUCACCUUUUGCAAUUUCUGACAACAAUAUGUUCUUUCCCCACACUUGGUACACCAGGCUUAAUGGCAGUAAUAAAUGCAAAUGAGGGUAAAACCUUAAUGGUUCAACUUCGUUAUCUUUAAACCCAAUACGGUUCUGAUUUAUUACUGGGUUUGUUUUGUUUUUUUCAAGAUAAUUAAUUUUUUCUGAGGCAUUAGAUAAAUAUAAAAGUUUGAAUAUUUUAUCAAGAACUGGGUGGAAAAGAGCACAAGCAUUUUAAUAGUAGUAGUCCAGAUGCUAUCUCUAAGCUUGAAGUAAAGUGUAUUUUUGCAUGUACUUUAUAACCCGUCACAUGAGUAUAAUGACCUUUAUGACCCAAGUGUGACAUCGUGGCACUGAUACACUCUCAGGAUAUGUCAUGCCCUUUCCCCAGUUUAAACAGUAUUGUUUGAAGGAACUACAUGCUGUUGAUGUUUUCUGGAGAUUAUGGUUUUAUAUCAAGAAAAGAACUGAGAGUGGAUAGCUCCAUCGAUGAUGGACACUUUGGAAUCUUUGAUGAUGUGGAGAGUAUCGAUUCUGGUUGGUUGACGUGCCAAACGGAAAUAAGACUACGGCUGCAUUUUUCUGAAAGAUCUCCUGUAUCUAUAACGAAGAAAAAAUUUAAAAAAUCUAGAUUUAGAGUGAAACUCACCCUCGAAGGCUUGGAGGAAGAGGGUGAAGAUGACGAGGAUGGUAGACUGUCACCUACCCUUCAUCAUAAAAUGUCAAACACAUUAGAGAUUUCGCUAAUAAGUGAUAAUGAAUUCAAGUCGCGGCAUUCUCAGCCAGAAUGUGGUUAUGGUUUGCAGCCCGACCGGUGGACAGAAUAUUCUAUACAAACUAUGGAACCAGACAAUUUGGAGUUGAUCUUUGACUUUUUUGAGGAAGAUCUUAGUGAAGCAGUGAUACAAGGUGAUGAAAUUCCAGGUCAUGUGGGCGCAGCUUGUCUGUUAUCCUCCACUCUUGCAGAAACGGGAAAGAGUUGUGGUAUUCUCACGCUUCCUAUUAUGAGCAGAAUGUCACGAAAAACAAUAGGAAAAGUUAGAGUGGACUACAUAAUUAUUAAGCCAAUUCAGGGAUAUUCCUGUGAUAUGAAAGCUUCAUAUACUAAAUACUGGAGUCCAAGAAAAGGCCUAGAUGUUGGGCAUAGAGGUGCAGGAAAUUCUACAACCACCACCAAGCUUGCUAAACUUCGAGAAAACACUGUUGCUUCCUUAAAGAGUGCUGCUAAACAUGGAGCAGCCUUUGUGGAAUUUGAUGUACAUCUUUCUCGGGAUCAUGUCCCCAUUAUAUAUCAUGAUCUUACUUGUUGUAUUGCUAUGAAAAAGAAAGAUGAUGCUGAUCCAUUGGAACUGUUUGAGAUUGCAGUUAAAGAGCUCACUUUUGCCCAGCUGCAGUUGCUGUCGCUGGCACAUGUGACUGCAUUAAAAUCAAAAGAUAGUCAAGAGUCAUUUAGAGAAGAACAAAAUGUUCCUUCUGACAUGCAACCAUUCCCUAGUCUACAAAAAGUCUUAGAAUCUAUUCCUGAAGAUGUUGGGUUUAACAUAGAAAUUAAAUGGAUCUGCCAGCAAAGGGAUGGUAUAUGGGAUGGAAACCUUUCAACCUACUUUGACAUGAACCUCUACUUAGACAUAAUUUUGAAAACUGUUCUGCUUAAGGCUGGAAGUAGGAGAGUUGUGUUUUCUUCAUUUGAUGCAGAUAUAUGUACAAUGGUGAGGCAUAAACAAAAUAAGUACCCCAUCUUGUUUCUAACUCAAGGAAAAUGUGAAGCUUACCCAGAACUGAUGGAUCUCCGGUGCCGUACAACAGCUAUUGCCACAAGUUUUGCACUGUUUGAAAAUCUGCUGGGCAUUAAUGCACAUACUGAAGAAUUGCUAAAGUGCCCAUCCUUUGUCGAUGCUGCCAUCUCUAAAGGCUUAGUUGUCUUUUGCUGGGGUGAUGAAGCAAACGAGCCGGAGAACAGAAGGAAAUUGAGGGAAUUGGGAGUUCAUGGUCUGGUGUAUGACAGGAUUUAUGACUGGAUGCCUGAACAACCAAAUGUAUUCCAGACAGAGCAGCUAGAACGUCUGAAGAAGGAGGUACCAGAACUGAAAAGCUGUGUUUGUCCCACUCUUAGCCACUUCAGUAGUCAAGGUCUGUGUAAAUGUGUUAGUAAUGAUCCCACAAGACCAAGAAGGAUUGAAAGUACAAGCAGUUAGUUUCUGGUGGACUCUUAAGCAGUAAGAAAUGCUGCUGUUGUGUGUGUGUUCAUUUGUUUCCACUGAAGAAUGCUAGUAACGCCUCACUCUUCUUGCAUCCAAAAUUAAGCAAUAAUGUCUGACCCACUGUAGGAUAUUCAGUCAUUGCUAGAUCCAGCGCAAAUGCUUGGCCAGUUGUAAUUAUUCUGUUCUUGUCUGCAGCUGUUAUAUAUUCAGAGCUGACCACUUUCAGAUGGAAUCUGUGUACUGUAUGUAACAAACGCACCUAGUUUCUGUGCAGUCUGAAGUGCAAUACUUUCUUAAGUCGCCAGGAUGUAAAUUGCCAAAUAUCACUGUUUAAUUGAUUAGGUUGCAGCACCAUUGGAGCAAACUGUACUGUAUAAAAUCAUAUUUGGUCCGAUGAAAAGGUACCUCAAGUUCACGCGUUUGCACUGAUCCGUACACCUAUACAGAUGCAUGCCAGCAUAUUGCAAUAUCACAAUUAGUCUUUUCAUUUUUUAAAAAAAUCCUGUUGCUGUUAAGCUGCCUUUGUCUUGUGUUUAUUUUGCCAGAUGUAAUGAUGAAUGGUGUAAUCUCUGUUUAGCAACCUACAAGUGAAUAGCACCCCUUCUCCUUUUUUAGUAUCUGAAUUUUGCUUAAGCUCAAAAUGUCGUAAAUCAGUAUAAGCCAAAUUGCAAGGGUGUGACUCUGAAGUUGAAAAAUUGUAUCAUUGUUGUUAAAUGUUAAAUGCACAAUACAAAAGCCAGUAAAUGCAUGACGCUUUGGAUGUCUCUGGUGGAUCUUGUUCCCUUGUGGUGCUACAUGGAACAAGGGUGGCAAGGACUGCCUGAAAACACUUCAAUCUUUGCUGAAAAACCACAAGCCUCUGUGUGUAGAUGUAGCUACAUGAGAUUUUGUCAUUUCAUUCUUUACUUCUAGCCACUAGCAAGUGCAUUUGAAAAAAGAAAAAAAGUGAACUUCAUUUUCAGAAUGUAAUAGAAUCUCAGUUUGGCUAAUGUACACUGUAUAUAAAUUAUUAAGGAAUUAUGAUGAGUAUUUUGUCUUGUAUGUACGUUUGCAUGUUGUUACCCAUACCUCUACAAUAGCAAGUAAUGAGAGUGAACUCUGCAACUUUUUGCUAAAGUGUUAAAUACAUAAUAAAAAUAAUAAUAAAUAUUUAUUUUUCCUGCUAUUGCAAAUCAACCAUUGAAACAAUAGCGUGUAUGAUACAAAUCUUGUCACUGCUGUACAAAGCUGAUUCUAUAAAAGUUCAAUAAAUGCAAGUAUGUACAUGGUUUUGGGUCUGUACUACUAAGUUGUUUGAGGGGAAGUUGCCUGCUUCCUGUUGGUUUGUACUGAAAUUCCUCUUUUCCUCCACAAACAACACAAUCUUGAGAAGCUUGGGAACUGUCUUAUUUUAAAAAUAAAAUGCAUUUUAUAUCUACA